AUGAAUAUUAAGGGAGUCAUUAGUGUUUCCCCUUUAACUGAUAAGUUUGGUGAUUUUAAUUCAAGAUUUGAGUUUGCUCACCGACUAUCAUUAAUAUCGGACGAAAUGUAUGAGUCUACAGAAAAAACAUGCAAUGGUAACUAUGUAUCUCUAUACAAUGAUUUAGACAGCAUCCGUUGUUCGAAUAACCUCCAAUGGGUGGAUGAGUGCACAAGUAUGAUUAACUUAGAGAAUAUAUUGGAACCGUUAUGUGCUACAUCAGACCCAGCUUGUCGAGAAGCUACUUUUGGACUUGUAGUAGCUUGGGCAAAUGAUAAAGAUGUUCAGAAAGCUCUUAAUGUUCGCGAGGGAACAAUAGAAACUUGGGAGUGGCAAAACUCGACUAUUCAUUACGAUUUAGGGAAAAAUGACACAAUCAUUUACUCCUACGAUGUAUUCAGCACUAUCCCCAUCCACAAACAACUUCUUGCCAAGAAAUGCCAAUAUUUGAUUAUAUGCGGUGAUCAUGAUAUGGUAUUUCCACAUGUGGGAACAGAGAAGUGGAUAAGAAGUCUCAAUCUUCCGGUUGAGAAGCGAUGGGAACCAUGGUUUGUUAAUGAUCAGAUCGCAGGAUAUCAGAUGACAUACGCACAAAGUGAAUACUUGUUAACAUAUGCAACUAUUAAGGGUGCAGGUCAUGGAAUCGCAUUGUACAAGCCUGAAGAAGCUUUGGCCAUGGUGGAUGAGUGGCUAGAUUCUCGUAUUUAUUUAAGUGACAUUUAA